GCAAGCGGGAGGGGCCGUGCGCGCUCUUGCCUCUGGCCUCUGUCCCCCCCCCUCCCCCCUUUCCCGGGUCUGGGUCUCUCCUUCGGAAAGAUGUCGGACACAGCAGUAGCUGACACUCGGCGCCUUAACUCGAAGCCGCAGGACCUGACCGAUGCUUAUGGGCCUCCAAGUAACUUCCUGGAGAUCGACAUCUUUAAUCCACAGACAGUGGGCGUGGGCCGCGCGCGCUUCACCACCUAUGAGGUUCGCAUGCGGACAAAUCUACCUAUCUUCAAACUGAAAGAGUCCUGUGUACGGCGGCGCUACAGUGACUUUGAGUGGCUGAAAAAUGAACUGGAGCGAGAUAGUAAGAUUGUAGUACCACCACUGCCUGGGAAAGCCUUGAAGCGACAGCUUCCUUUCAGAGGAGAUGAAGGGAUCUUUGAGGAGUCAUUCAUUGAAGAAAGGAGGCAGGGCCUUGAACAGUUUAUUAAUAAAAUUGCUGGGCACCCACUGGCUCAGAAUGAACGCUGCCUACACAUGUUCCUGCAGGAGGAGGCAAUUGACAGGAACUACGUCCCUGGGAAGGUGCGCCAGUAGGAGCCCCUCUCACCACUUGCCCUCUACUUUCCUGCUGAAAUGACAUUGGUUUUUACACUAAGCCUCUCUCUCUCUUUGAUCUGAAGUUGGCUAUCCAUCCCCUGGCCUGAUAGACUGUUUGGCAUUGUGCCCCUUGGUACCUGACUACACUGUGUGGGCACUCUGCUAGGAUUUUCUUCUCGGAGGAGAGGUGGAAAACCACAGGCAGAUGCUGUUUGCUUGGGAUUGGGGGGUGGGUGGGGAGUUGGACUGAAAGGCAAUUUUGGGGGCAUUCACCCAUGCCAGUCGGCUAACCUUGUGGGGAGGGGGACUUUGCUGGAAAGCACUUAUAUACAUACUGAUGCUGCAAGUCCAGGGGAUUUUUUUUCUUACUUUUAGGUUUAACCAGGACAGCUGAGCAGGGAAAAACAAAACAAAAACAAAAACAACAAAAACCCCUGCCUUUCCUACCUGCAUGAACAUUUUCCUUUUUGAGAAGGUGGUAGAGACCCCAAAGCUCUCCUUGUUUCCUUUAGGCCUGCUCCCAGUUCUCACAAGUUUAUUUUGCUGCUUUCCCUUUCUCCCAUGUUGCUUUUCCAUGGCAGUAAUCCUAGAAUUUAAGUAGUCUGUUGUGUAGAGCAAGGUGUGUGGGUUUCCUGGGCCCCUCAUCAUGGCUGCUACAGAGUCAGAAGAAAGCCAUAGGGCAGUAGGGGAGCUCCUAUUACCUAGCCCCUCUCCUUUUGUGGCUCCCUACUCUGGCUGCCUAGUUUUCCUCACCAGCAGGUGAGUAAGUAUGGACCAACUGUUCUUCCUUUCCAAGCCCUUUCUACUUUAGGGGUUAGCUUUGUGGGUUUGGUGGGUUGAGGAGUGGAGAUAACACCACUGUCAGGUGAUCUCCUGGAUGGUGAAAGCAGAUCAUGUUCUAGGUUCCUCUGGGUGGUAGGGAAGGACUUCACCUCUUUCCUCCUUUCAUUCUCCCUUCCUCCAUCCCUUUAGUGCUCUCCCAAGGGCAGAAGCACACAAACAAACCACACAGUCUCUUGAUUUCUUCUAAGCACUUUUGAGCUGUUGAAUGGGGCUCAGGGGCAAGAGUCAUUAGCUGCCUUCCCCAGCUUGGUCACAGGGUUAUUGAACUACCUGCACUUGUUUCCUAUGGAACUCCAGCCUUGUCUCCAGAACCUGAACUCAGGCUAGCACCUGGGUAUGGAUUUCCUAAAUUUUACAGAGGCUAAAGCAGCUUGUUGAGACUGGCAGCUCUCUUGAACUUUUGUUUGGGAGGUAGUGGUUUGUUUGCUGGGCAUGCUAUCCAUCAAAGUGGUGAUAUAAGAGCAAGUAAACUUUUGGUGCCACGUGAAAGUUGGGGCUCUUUGCUUAGAUCCCCAUCAUGGAAGUAUUGGAGUAGUUUCUGGAGGGGAAAGGGUUGCCAAUUCUGAUAUGACCCUGAUCAGAGAGAUUAGGAUUGGGUUUUAAUGUAGGAUUUGGAACCCAUCUAAAUGUUGAGGUUCCAUGAGACAACAGAUCAUCUCUCCAGUUGCUGAGCCUGUGCCAGAGGCUGAGCAGCCACUAGAGAGAGGCGCUGCUCCCUUUCCCACCUCACCAGUGUUGGUGUUGUUGCUGCCUUUUUGAUUUGUAUCCUCUGUUAUAGACUUAAAAAAAAUUCCUCUCUUCAUUGUGCACAAGUGCUGAGAAUCUAAGGCCCCAUCUCUACUAUGUAUAUAUCCUGACUUGGGGCUUUUAUUCAGCAAACUGUUUGUUCUUCUGUCAGACAAUGUCAUAUUCAACUCUGCUCAUAUUAAACCACUGUGAAGCAAGUCUCUGUUUUCCUC